AUGAAGCAAGCACAAGAGGAACUAUCAAGUGGAGAACAUAACAUAGAGAAUGUUGAUGAAGAUGGACCUUGUAUUAAUAUGGUAAUAUAUGAAGAUAUAUUUGUGUUGGUCCCAUCCAAGGAACAGACGAAAAGACGCACAAAAAAAACAAACUUUCAGUACACACUUUUCGGAAGAAAAGUACUCGGCUUUGGCUAUUUCGUGAUUGUGAUUUAUGAUAUAUCAUUUUAGAGUAUCGUACAGUUGAUAUGAAAUGAUAUCAAGAUCUUUAUAUAGUUAGGUCAUUAACAAGAUAUUAAAGGGCUCUAAAGCCGAUAUCUCGACAGAUUGACUGCUCAGAUUGAAGCAUGGGAAUAUCGUGUGAGAAUAAAGAAUUUUUUUAUCGCCGACUGUUUAGCUUUAGAUGUAACGAACCCGCAAAUACUUGAUAUGUAAUUGUGCUAAAUUGUGUCAGAUUUGAUUUCGGAAUGGUUUUGAUAAUAAAACUUUCUCACUUUAAUCUCAGGGCAAAGGAAAAAAUAUAACCACCUGACCGACAGCUAAAAGAACUCUUUUUGUCAAAUCUACCCACUGACGUAUGCCAAUUUAAAGUAAAUUUCAAUGUUUCAUGUAGGAUAUACAAUUGGUGGAACUGGAUAAUGAGGAAGACACUUCAUCUGAAAGUGAUUGCAAUGAAGAGACAGACAUUGAUCUUGGUGAGAUCACUGAAACAAACUUGAUUUUGAAGAAAGCUGAAAAGAUUAAGAAACCGUUGAUUGAGGAUAUUACGUGA